AUGGUUAACAAAAGCAAAUUCGAACGCGGUAGUCGUCGAGUGCCAAUUCCUAGCCAAAAGUCUUUCGCUACAACCUUGACGUCUAACCUCAAGGAGACGUUUUUCCCUGAUGAUCCUUUUAGGAAAUGGAAAAACCAGCCAUUUCAAAGGAGAUUACUUCUAGGAUUACAAUAUUUUGUACCGAUUUUUGAAUGGGCGCCUCGUUACCAAUUCAAGUUGUUUAAAGCGGAUUUGAUCGCCGGGAUAACCAUUGCUAGUCUUGCUAUUCCUCAAGGGAUUAGUUAUGCUAAUUUGGCUACUUUACCUCCUCUUGUCGGCCUAUACUCAAGUUUGGUACCACCAUUGGUAUACGCAAUGAUGGGGAGUUCAAGAGAUUUGGCAAUAGGCACAGUUGCAGUUGCAUCUCUUUUGUAUACUGAUAUCUUGGGUAAGGUCGUCAGUCCCACCGAUAAUCCUAGAGAAUAUUUACAUUUGGCAUUUACAGCUACUUUCUUUACUGGUGUUAUUCAAGCUUCUCUUGGCCUCCUCAGACUGGGAUUUAUUGUGGACCUACUGUCGCACGCCACCAUAUUAGGGUUCAUGGGAGGAGUCGCAACAAGUGUUUCUUUUCAACAGCUUAAAGGAAUUUUGGGAUUACGACAUUUCACUCAUAAAUCCAAUAUUAUUUCAGUUCUAAAAGCUAUUUUUUCCCAAACUCAUGAGUGGAGAUGGCAAUCGGCGAUUCUGGGUUGUAGCUUUCUGUUUUACAUGCUGUUGGCAAAGUUCUACAGUAAGAGAAAACCGAUUUUCUUUUGGAUAAGUGCAAUGGCUCCCCUCACAUCUGUUAUUCUAGGAAGCUUGCUUGUCUACCUCACCCAUGCCGACAAUCAUGGUGUCCAAGUGAUCGGACAUUUGAAGAAAGGACUGAACCCGCCAUCUUUUAAGUAUUUGGCAUUCGGAUCACCCUUCCUUGGCAGUGCAAUUAAGACAGGAGCCAUUACUGGAAUCAUAGCAUUGGCUGAAGGUGUAGCAGUCGGACGAAGCUUUGCAUUGGUUAAGAACUAUCACAUUGAUGGAAACAAAGAGAUGCUCGCGUUUGGGCUAAUGAACAUUGUUGGCUCAUGUACUUCUUGCUAUCUCACUACAGGAAUAUUUUCAAGAACAGCAGUGAAUUUUAAUGCAGGAUGUCAAACAGUGGUGUCAAACAUAAUAAUGUCAAUAGCAAUGAUCAUAACAUUGUUGUUCCUAAUACCUUUUUUUAGUUUCACCCCGCUUGUGGUUCUUUCGUCUAUAAUAAUCAAUGCCAUGCUUGGCCUCAUCAAAUACGAAGAAGCCUAUCAUCUAUGGAAGGUUGACAAAUUCGACUUUAUCAUCUGCAUAAGUUCCUACCUUGGUGUCGUCUUUGGCAGUGUGGAGAAUGGCUUGAUUACCGCGAUUUGCCUAUCUGUGGUGAGACUUCUGCUAGUAGCGGCAAGGCCUAAGACCGUGAUGCUAGGAAACAUACCAGACACCGCGUCCUACAGAAACAUCCGACACUAUGAUUUUGCCCAUAGAGUUGCUGGAAUUCUCAUUCUACAGAUUGAUGGUCCGAUCAACUUCGCUUGCACUAAUUACUUGAGAGAAAGAAUCAUUAGAUGGGUUGAUGAAGAAGAAGAUAGAAUAAAAAUUUGCAGAGGACAAAGUCUGCAGUAUGUUAUACUUGAUCUAGGAGCCGUAGGUAGCAUCGACACUGGUGGGAUAAGCUUGUUAGAAGAAGUAGCAAAACUAAUUGAAAGAAAGAGUUUAAAGCUGAUAUUAGCUAACCCAGGAAGUGAGGUAUUCAAGAAAAUGCAUCUUUCCAAGUCUAUUGAAAUCUUCGGCGAGGAGCACAUACAUCCCACAGUGGAUGAAGCAGUCGAAGCAUGCACAUUCAUGAUGCAAGCGAGCGAAUCUGUGUCCACACAGUCUGAAAAUGAUGAUCCAGCAGAUCAGGUUUAGUUCAAGGGAAUCAUUUCUUAACCGCCACAAUGCUUUUUCUUGGAAGAGCACUGAGUAUCAAGAGUUCAAGACUAUCAACGAUGGUAAUCGAUCUUGCAAGAUAUGUAACGAAGCUAGAAAGUCUUUGUAAAUGAAACUAUGUGUGAUCCUAGAGAGUAAAAGAGUAGGGCGUUCUUGUUUCAUACUAUGCAAUGCGAAUGGAAUGGCAUUUUGAAAGAUCUGAUUCUUCUUGGUUAGGACCAAUAUCACAUGCGUUGUUUUUUAAUGUCUAGUAGGAAAAGUUUGUAAUUCCUAAAUUAGUAAUGGUAAAGAUGAAUAAUGAGGAGCAAGAGAGUUCAACUAUCAAGUCUAUUCAUAUACGAGUACAAAGUAAGUGUUUUUUUGUUUCUUAUAUUAGUACGGGUAGGGGGGUGUUAACGAGUCGUGUUUGCUCAUAAACAGCUCGAUCAAAGCUCAGUAUAGGCUCAGCUCAAAUAGACUCGACUCGAACUUUAACAAGCCAAGCCUUAGCUAUCCUUGGCUCAGCUUGAGAGCUCAUGACAAGCUCAA